CUGUAACGGCUUAAAGGUGCGCGAAGAGCUUCCAGCUGGCAGCGCGAGUGGACCGUUGCGACUGACGAACUUUGGAAGGUCUCCGAAAGUUGAAGGCCAAGCGAGAAAAAGAUGGCCAUGACCUUCUAAUGGAUUUAGUAUCUCCAGUCAACCAUUUCGUGCCAGUUUUGUUGAGAGCGGUACAAAUCAAAGUCGACGCGUUGCAGUAUCUUUGACUCUUUUUUGAUUGUGUCAUUUUGCUUGCUCUGACGAAAACUAGAGAGAGAGAGAAAGCAAAGCUUUUUGCAAGACAAUCCAGCACGAUUACCGUCUCGACAGCAGCCGACGAUCACAACUUUGUGUUGGUGGAUAGUGGUGGAAGUGCCGAAGCUCCUAAAAGCAGCAUGUCUUCGAAUCACUCCAUGAACAGUUCCUUCCACGGCCCCGGCGUGACGGGUGACUCUCCUGCGGAAAUCAUUCAAGAGAUUGAAGACAAGGAUAAAAGUCACGAUGUGAUGCACUUUUUGGAAAGCAUCAACCAGUCGCAGGCAUUGCAGGCCAAUUUGGAAAACUUCCAAAAAGAUGGAGACAUUGCCUCCUUGUCCAAACGCUUGCACUCGGACUGUGACAAGGGCAUUGACAGCAAAACGGCCGAAGCGCGUCGCACUCAUUGGGGAACCAAUGCCAUGCCGGCAUCGCCACGCAAAGACUUUUGGACCUUGUUUGUCGAAACAUUUGACGAUGCCACGUUGCAAAUUCUCAUUGUGGCCGCCGUCGUGUCGUUGGCCAUUGGCAUUUACGAUGACCCUGCCACUGGGUACGUCGAAGGAAUGGCCAUUUUGGCCGCCGUAUUGAUUGUCAGUGUGGUCACUGCCAUGAAUGAUUACCAAAAGGAAUCGCAAUUUCGACAACUUUCCGAUGCCAAUGAUGCCAUUGAUGUCGUGGUUGUACGAGAUGGAUUGCAUUGGCAAAUUCCAAUUGAGCAAAUUGUUGUGGGAGAUCUCGUCGUUGUCGAAGCUGGUGAUCCCAUUCCCUGUGAUGGAGUCCUCGUGCGAAUGGAUGGUAUUCAGUUGGAUGAGUCUGCUCUCACGGGAGAACCUAUUGAAGUGGACAAGAAUGCCGAAAAUGAUCCUUUCGUACUCAGUGGAUGUACUGUCAUUGCUGGAUCAGGACAAUUCCUGGCCAUUGCGGUUGGAAAACACAGUCAGUGGGGAAUUAUUCAGAGUCACUUGGAAAAGGAGCAAGAUCAGACACCUCUACAGGAAAAAUUGGACGAUAUGGCCGCUCAAAUUGGUUACAUUGGAAUGGGCGCUGCUGCCAUGACCUUUGUCGCCAUGAUGAUCAUCAAGAUAUGGGUCAAUCCUGCCUAUUUGCAACACAAAUCUGUAUUUACUCAUGCUCUCGAUGCGUUUAUCAUUGGGGUCACCAUUGUCGUCGUCGCCGUUCCUGAAGGAUUGCCCUUGGCUGUUACCAUUUCGCUCGCAUUUUCCACAAAGAAAAUGUUGGCCGAUCAAAACUUGAUUCGCCACUUGGCAGCUUGUGAAACCAUGGGAAAUGCCACAAACAUUUGCUCCGAUAAAACAGGAACUCUCACCGAAAAUCGAAUGACCGUCGUCAAGGGAGUCUUUGCGGAUACCCGUCACGAAGACAUCGCACACGCCACACGAUCCAUCAAAAUCAGUGACAAGGCCCAACACAUCUUAUUGGAAGGGAUUGCCUGCUGCUCCACGGCGAAAAUGGUCCCUCCCCAAGUGCCCGAACCAUCCGCCAGUCCCAGUGAAGAACACCCGAUGGUCGACACUCGACCUGUCUGGAUUGGAAACAAGACCGAAGCUGCCAUGUUGAGCAUGGCGGCAUCUGUUUGGGGUGGCAAUGAUGAUUGGGAAAUGAGACGAGCCAAUGCCGAAUUUGGAAUGCCCGAUGGAAGUCGACUCUUCCCCUUUUCCUCGGCGCGCAAGCGAAUGACCGUCUUGGUUACCAACCCGGCUGCCGUAGACGAUAUUGAUCACGCUGACAUGGAUUCGUCCAUGUCCAUCAUGAGGCGACGAGCUUCUGCUGGGUCGACCAUGUCCCGGACGACUUCCAAGCGAGGCAUGGGCGAGCAUUGGACACUCUACCACAAGGGUGCCGCCGAGUUGGUAUUGGAGAAUUGCACCCACUAUUUGGAUGCUGACGGCAAUGAACAAGAAUUGGAUGCGGACAAGCGUCAUUCCUUUGAAAAGGUCAUUCGGGAAUACGCCCGUGGAGCACUUCGUUGCGUCGCCUUGGCCCAUCGCAGUCGUAUUCAAGAAAUUUGCAACAACCUUCACGAGAUUCAGUUGCCCGAAGUAGAAGAAAAAUUGGAGACGAACAUGUGCUUGGAUGCACUGGUCGGUAUUGCGGAUCCGCUUCGUGCCGAUGUCAUUGAAGCUGUCGCUAUUUGCCAAAAGGCUGGUAUUUUUGUCCGCAUGGUCACGGGUGAUAACCUGGAAACUGCUAUUGCGAUUGCUAAGGAGGCUGGAAUCCUCACAAAGGGUGGCCUUGCCAUGACUGGAGAAGAAUUCCGUAAGUUGACACCUGCUCAGUUGGAUGAGAAACUACCCAUCCUGCAAGUCUUGGCCCGCUCUAGUCCCGAAGACAAGCACAUGUUGGUCCAGCGUCUCAAUGGUGGACUCAUGCCCGAAACCAAGGAGCAGUGGUUAGAAGUCCAUCCGAAGAAGGAUUACGAGACGCAAAGGGAUCUACUCUUGCCAGGAUACAAAGAAGAAUGGGCGGCCUCUCGUGGAGGCGUCGGGGAAGUUGUUGGCGUCACCGGUGAUGGAACCAACGAUGGACCCGCACUCAAGGCUGCAGAUGUCGGAUUGUCGAUGGGAUUGAGUGGAACCGAUGUUGCCAAGAAGGCAUCUGACAUUAUCAUCAUGGAUGACAAUUUCUCCAGUAUUGUCAAGGCUGUUUUAUGGGGACGAUCCGUCUUUGAUAACAUUCGCAAGUUCUUGCAGUUCCAGUUGACUGUCAACGUUGUCGCACUGACUAUCACGUUCUUGGCUGCCGUGUCGGGAUACAAUCCACCUCUCAAUGCCGUAAUGAUGUUGUGGGUAAACCUUAUCAUGGACACCAUGGGCGCUCUUGCGCUCGGAACGGAACCUCCUGUGAUGGAUUUGCUGGAACGUCGUCCCUACCGUCGUGAUGCAAGUUUGGUCAGCCGACCCAUGUGGAGAAACAUCCUUGUGCAAGCCACUUACCAGUUGGCCAUGUUGGUCUUUUUGCUACACCGCCCCGAUUUGUUCGAUUGCGAAGAUGGAUCCACCCACCACUUCACCAUCAUUUUCAAUGCCUUUGUCUUUGCUCAAGUAUUCAACGAAUUCAAUGCUCGUGAGAUUGGAGACAAGUUUGAUCCCACGCGGUCACUCUCCAAAUCUCCAAUGUUCUUGCUGGUGAUUCUCUUCACCGUGAUUGCGCAAUACCUGAUUGUCGAAUACGGAGGAGACUUCACGCAGACUCAACCUUUGACUUGGGAGGAAUGGAAAAUCACUGUCGGUUUGGGUGCCAUCUCGCUGCCCAUGGGAUUUUUCAUGCGACUGAUCCCUGUCGACGAAGACCCCGCGACAUUUGCUGGCAUUGGUGGAGUGGACGGCAAGAAGGACAACUCAUGGCUGCGUGUGCUGAUUAGCAUUUUGUUCCCCGUCUUGUGCGCCAUUGUCUACCAACUGCUUUUGGAGGUGGAAGAAUUGAAGGAAGACUACAGCCGGUACGAACAAUCCCUGAAAAAGUAGGAAUAUGAGCUCAAUGACCAGCCCGCAAGAGAUGAGAGAAAGAAGGCGCAGGGCCUGGAUGGGGUGUACAGUUAUCUUGUGUUGUCGCUGCUGUGCACGCUGGGACAAAAGUAAAUGGUUACAUCAAGCAAGUCUGGUAGUCACUGGAAGAGUAUCCUAGUUUUUGUAGCGAGAGAUUUAACUGAUGGUAACCCCGAAUUAAUUUAGCAAACAGUGACGCUCCCGAAGAGUAAGUGGUUCCAACUGGCAAGAGAUCUAUGGACACGAGGAAAGAGUUGCUUCCAGCGCUGCGAUCAGCUUUCUGCGUCUCAGCUCCUGCUACCCAGCGGUAUCACUCUUCCUGUUGACCAAGGAAUCAAUGUUGCUGUAGGUGUUUGCAGCUGACGGAUGAUUCUUGCCCAAGACUGACUCUUUGAUAGCCAGAGCAUCCAUAUACUUUACCAGAGCACCUUCAUUGUCACCCAUCUUCUCCAGGACAACUCCCAAAUUGUGGCACCAUCAAAGUCACCCAUCUCGUCCAUAACAGAACCAAUGUUGUGAUAGCUGCUGGCAGUAUCGCUGUGUUUGCCAAAGAGGG